AUGUGCUGUGCGUGCCAUUUGACUCGGUAGUAUACUACUCAGCUGCAACCAGCUAUUGACUAUCUGCGACUGGCUGCAGUCAUUGAUACAUGAGAACCAAUCCGGAGGUGCCGCAACUAAUGUGCUUUACCACAUUUGGUCUUAGCCUAGAUGGCUCUUAUCAUUGACUUUGCCUCCUCUGUCAGGUUUGAAGACCUGAAAAUCCGGGGGUAUGCCUUCCUGGCAUACAAUUGUCUUGGGUUCUGCCAUCUACCUUGCAGAUGUGGCUGCCUGGCACUUUUAUUCUGUAUUCAUGGAUAUCCAUCGCUUUCAUGCAACGGCAAAUAGUGGCACCGAUCGUGGGUUACACGAAAAUAGUAUGUCAAGCUGAUUGGACACCUGGACGGUCGAUCUGUCUGUGUUGUAUCUACAAGAUAAUACCCG